AUGGUGCCACAUGCCCAUCCCCAGCAAGUCGCCCAUGCUGCGUCCCUCUCCGACCCAGAGGCCUUUUGGACGGACCACGCGAAACGGCUCCACUGGCACAAGCAGCCGUCAUGCGCCUUGACACGGCGCACAAAGACGCUUCCCAGCGGGGUGCGACACGAGCAUUGGUCGUGGUUCCCGGAUGGGGAAAUCUCUACGACCUAUAAUUGUGUGGAUCGUCAUGUUCUGGCUGGUCGGGGCGAGGAUGUUGCGAUUAUAUGGGAGUCGCCGGUGACGGGGACGGUGGAGAAGUACUCGUAUGCGCGGUUGUUGGAUGAAGUUGAGGUGUUGGCGGGGGUCUUGAGGGAGGAAGGGGUGAAGAAGGGGGAUGUGGUCAUUAUUUACAUGCCCAUGAUCCCCGCCGCACUCAUCGCCGCACUGGCAAUCACGCGCCUCGGUGCGAUCCAUGCCGCAGUCUUUGGUGGAUUCGCCGCGCAGUCGCUGGCGCAGCGAAUCGAAGCCGCCCGGCCCCGGGCGAUUAUGACCGCUUCGUGUGGGAUUGAAGGGUCCAAGGGCCCCAUUGAUUAUCGGCCUCUUGUAGAGGGGGCUGUACGUGCCAGUUCCUUCAAGCCAGAGAAGGUGAUUAUCUGGCAGCGGGACCAGCUGCGAUGGAAUAAUCCCGAUAAGCUAGGAGGCCAGCGAAAUUGGCAGCGGUUGGUGAAGAGUGCGAGAAUGAGAGGAGUGCGAGCGGGUCCGGUUCCGGUGAAGAGCACGGACGGGCUAAAGGAGUUUGCGCUGAUGGUUGUUGAAUCAGGGACGACGGGUCUACCGAAAGGUGUCUUACGCGAAGCUGGUGGCCAUGCCGUUGGUCUGGACCUAUCGAUCCGAAUGCUAUUCAAUGUCAAUGGUCCUGGAGACGUCAUGUUCUGCGCCUCUGAUAUCGGAUGGGUCGUCGGACAUUCAUACAUCUUAUACGCUCCAUUACUCGUCGGUGCGACGACAAUCAUGUUUGAAGGGAAGCCAGUUGGCACCCCUGAUGCCGGAGUAUUCUGGCGCAUCGUUGAAAAGCACAAAGUGAAUGCGCUCUUUACUGCACCGACUGCAAUGCGAGCCAUUCGAAAGGACGAUCCAGACGAUCGUCUUUUCAAAGAAGUCGGCAAGCGAGGUGGGCUCAAAACCUUACGCGGCUUGUUCCUCGCCGGCGAACGUAGCGAGCCCAGCAUCGUCCGCGCUUAUCAAGACCUUCUUGCUCAAUAUGCCGCAUCUGGCGCCUCGGUCAUUGACAACUGGUGGUCUUCCGAGUCUGGAUCUCCAAUCACAGGCCUAGCACUGGAUGCGGAUGCAUCUAACUUUACCUCGACCAAAUUCCAUGCUGCACCCCUUGCCAUUCGGCCCGGUUCCGCUGGCCAUCCCAUGCCUGGGUUUGAUGUCCGGAUCGUCGAUGAUGCCGGCACCGAGGUACCUGCCGGAACGAUGGGAAACAUCGUCAUGGCCGCUCCUCUUGCGCCCACCGCCUUCACAAAUCUCUUUGAAGAUGAUGAGCGGUUUUACCGUGGGUAUCUGAAACGCUUUGACGGGCGGUGGGUCGACACUGGCGACGCUGGGAUGAUCGACGAGGACGGCUAUGUGCAUAUCAUGUCUCGAAGUGAUGACAUUAUCAACGUUGCCGCGCAUCGGUUCAGCACCGGCGCAAUUGAACAGGCCAUUCUCUCCCAUCCAGAGAUCAGCGAAGCGAGCGUGGUCGGGAUCCCCGAUGCCCUCAAGGGUCAUCUCCCAUUUGCAUUUAUCCAUCUACGCGGUAGCAGCUCGGAAAGGCUACCUGCAUCUGUACCAGAGAAGCUCUUCAAGGAGGUGAAUGCUCUGGUCCGCGAACAGAUUGGGGCGAUUGCAUCAUUGGGUGGGAUGAUUCAAGGAAAAGGCAUGAUUCCCAAGACGAGAAGUGGCAAGACUUUGAGACGGGUCUUGAGGGCGUUGGUGGAGAACGGGGUUGAGGGCAAGUUUGACGAAGCUGUGAAUGUGCCACCGACGGUGGAGGACAUGAGUGUUGUUGAUGUUGCUAGGGCCCGGGUUAGAGAUUAUUUUGCGGAGAAGAAAGAGGAGAAGGGUGGUGUCAAAGCCAAGUUGUAG